AUGUUAAUCCUCGUCGAACGCUCUGUGGCCACCAUAAAAGCUGCAACCUACGAAAAUGUCUACUACAAAGCGAAAUUCAUCCGAUUGCAUAUUUAUCUCUUCUGCGCCUCGAUGUUGCUAUCCACGGUCUAUACGCUAGGAAUCAUUGAGCCACCCCUGGGACUUCCGCUUGCUAUAGUCUGGUCGCUAAGCGCAUUUUUUUUAACAACCUUCGUGAUAAAGCUGAAUAUCCGGAAAACGGAGCGCCUGUAUCAAGGCGGAUACACGCUCAGCAAACGCUUUACGCUGCUGGAAAACGUGACGGCAAUGAGGUUGGCCGCCUUUAUGAUCUCCUACACGAUCGUAUGCUUUAUCAUCUGGGUCUUGCUCUUCAUCCUGAACCGGGUGGAAAUCGGAUGGUGGUGGCAAAAUGUGGCCGGGAUGACGUUGAACGUUCAUGUCUCGAUCUAUGCCUGCACAAUUUGUAUAAUUGGCUAUCGAGCCGAUGCGCAUAUGUAUACCCUAGCAAAGGCAAUAAUCGUGAAGAAAUGGCGGAGUAUAUGGUCCAACAAGCCCAAAAAUUCCGCUGAGGUCAGUGAGAUCAGCAUUACGAUGCGGCCGCGUGGCGUGCACGGAAAAGCACUCUACACGGAAGCGAAGCAGGAUGAUUACUUUGGCCAGCUCCACACGCAAUGGUCGAUCAAGCCCGAGCCAGAGAAGAAGAAGAGGAUAUCGAUUAGA